ACAAUGACGACAUGCACCAAAUCACAGUUCUGGUAUAACCAAUGUGUCUUUUUAUAUUGCGUUCUUCCUGCCAAUUGACCCCUCCGUGCGCAAUGUAUAUCAACGACGUUUGGAUGGGACGAUGUGUCAUUCCAGACAUCGCACAACCCAAUCAGACACUUUAAUGCGGGUUCCUUCCUCCAUAAACUACUAUACUAUAUGACAAGUUCAUCACUACAGUUGGCUAGCAUGACUCCAGCUCUGUGAUAUUAGUUAGGUUCUGUCGGUAACUAUUAGAUUCUAAGAGGACUGAGUUGCACAUGGAACAUGGAGGAGCCUAACAAAAAUAGGCCCAUCACUAUACUCUAUGAUAUGUUUUCCUUUUUUCUCUCUCCUCUCAAGGGUCCAGUGCGUCUCGGAAAAUGGCAUCUCCAGAGAUGCCUGGAUCCAGUCAGAGUAUGAAGAAGACCAUUGGACACAGAGGAGUUGAGACGAACACUGGAGAGACCACCUAUAAGAAGACCACGUCGUCAGCCCUGAAAGGAGCAAUUCAGCUGGGCAUCACUCACACUGUGGGCAGCCUGAGUCAGAAGGCUGAGAGGGAUGUUCUCAUGCAGGACUUUGUGGUGGUCGAGAGCAUCUUCUUCCCCAGCAGGAAGAAGGUCUCCAACCUCCUGAACUGA